GUGACUUCAUAGAAUCUGAACUUUUGUUGAUACAGUUCCUGUUCCCCAAAUCAAAAAUGACUGUACGUAUCCAGUAUAUUCACUUUGAAAAACAUCCAAGUGUGAGCUGAGGGAGUUCUCUGCAGAAGUAUGGCCUCUGGGGGUUGGUCACAUGUCCUCACAGAGUUGUGCCCCCUUGAUGCCCUUGAAGCUCCUCUGCAACGCUCAGCAAGACUUCGGUAUACAUGUGUAUCGGUGUCAAAGAAAUACAUCGCUCUGGGAAGCAACACUGGUGGUGUCUACAUCUUCACGAGGGACACACUCAAACACUUACAGGUGGUCUAUGGCGAUGUGGAAUCCAGCCCCCUGUCAUGCACAGCCCUCAGCCCCAAUGACAACUUUGUGGCCUACUCAACUGGGUCGGGUCACGUAGUUGUCAUGGAGAUGAACAUAGAGAAGCGUCAGAAGCCGGAGCGAAUCCGGCUGACAUCAGAUCAUGUUGGUUGUACUGUCACCUGCCUUCAGUGGGGGGGACACAACUUCAAGUUGUUUGUGGGUGACAAUGUCGGCAAGAUCACUGUGUGCUACAUACCAUCAUCAAAGGCCAAGACCCUGUUCCUCCAGCCGUCUGAAAUCAUCCUGCGUCUGGACACUACGGUAGUGCAGCUGGACUGGUGGGGGGAGAAGCUGUUGGUGUCCACGCUGACCAGGAGCUACCUCCUUAACACCAACAAACAACAGUAUACUCAGAUCGGGAAAAAGCUUAGAGAUGGAGAGUAUGGGUCAUGUUUCUUUCUGGAGCCUAGUUCACAGUACCCUGUCAUCUACUGCUCACGGCCUGGAUCUCGUGUCUGGGAGGUUGACUUUGAUGCCAAUGUCCUCAACACCCAUCAGUUCAAACAGCUACUGGCAAUACCCCCUCUACCAGUCAUCAAGUUCCACGACCCUGUGGUGAAGUUUGCUGACCCAUCCCAAGUCUACACAACUCAGUCUGUCGGCUUCAACAAACUCUGCAGGCUCGGUCCGUACCUGAUAACAUGGUCUAAUCGCCGGGUGUAUGUGUUUGAUCCGGUACGUGUCAGGAUCAUUCUGUGGAAUGAACAGCCUGCCAAUGUGUUGGAUAUGGUGACAAGUGGGACAGAGAUAUACAUCUUCCUGGCGGACCAGUCCCUGUGCCGCCUGCAUCUCCUUCCAGUGGAGCGGUGUCUGCAGCUGCUGCUGGCCAAACAGGUGUGGUCGAUUGCCGGGGAACUGUUGUGUUACCUUGACAACUUUGUUGCUGUGCCAUUCAUCCAGAGACAUAUCAAACUUGGCUCCCUGUCUGAGCUGGUCAGCAAGCUGCUGAAUGAUGGCCAUGCAGACACAGCAAACAGAGUUCAAGCUAUCAUAGAUGAGAUGUCAAACUUGAGUGACUCCACAGAAUCAGACAGCAUGAAUGGGGAUGUAGCUGAUGGUCAGUCAGCGUUUCUAGACUCUGCUGUCAAACUUCCUUCUGGAAUAUUUCUUGUCAACAAUGCCAGCAAAACGUCCCUUGAAGAGGAACUUUACAAUCCUGCAGACAGUGUGCAGGCAAGGUUCACUGUCCGUGGAGGAGAAAACAAGAUGGCCUCCCUCCAGGAUCAGACACUUCUGCGGUACAUGAGCAUGGACAAUCUGGACUCCAGAUCCAAGUAUGGCUCACAUCAUCAAGAUGCAGAGGGAGAAAGUGGAAUGAGGAAGUCCUUUUCAACAACAGACUUGGACACAAUCAAGGAUGAAAGACAAAGUGUUGUAGGUGUGGAAACGGAAGAGGCUAUUUCAAGUAGUACUAGCCUUCAUAGUGACAAGCCUGAAAGUCAGAAUGGUGAAUCACAACCUGAUAAUUUUGUCGAUGUUGAUUUAGACACUGAGGAGGUGAGAGAACAGAGUACUGGAAAGGUGUCAAUGGGGAAUAACUCUAGUGACAGAAUAAAGAGCAUUUACCCUUCAAAGGAAGAAGCAACAGAUGAUGAUAAUAUAAAUCAAGUGCCUUCUAAACCUCAUCAGGACAUAUCACCAGCACUGGAGGAUGCCGCACCAGUGAUAGCAGAGUCUGUGUCACGUCGGUCUGGAAAAACAGGGAGGAAGAAGCGUGUCAUGCAGGUGGACAUUCCAUCACCUGGGAUCUCAACUUCAGACAUCAAGAAAGGCAAAUCCCAACUCCACAGAUCAGCCAGCACAGGAUCCAUGAAGAAAACAGCCAAGAAAAAAGAAUUGAAAUCUGUUCCAUCUGUCACCAUUCCAAUCAUUGAGGAAGACUCUGACAGAAGCCUCUAUAUGAAAGUUGAUCAAGAUUUUGACACUAUCUCCAUUGACACUGUCAGCAGCAUUGAUGAAGACUCACAAAGUCGGGCUGGGGACAUGACUCCAGAUACACUUUCUAUUGGUGAAGGUGACAACGUGUCAUUGUAUUCAACUCACAGUAGAUCAAGAACCCCAAUAUUUCAUAUAGAGGAGGAUCCAAUUCCAUCUCUCCUGCAACGACUUUCUGCAAGUGGUGUAUCAGCCGAAGAUUCUGCCACCAACAGCAAAGAUGGAUCCCCUGUAUCCCAGAGUUCCCUGGGGCAGUCGGUUGACAGCAAUGGAAGCGGGUCACCAAGUUCACAGUCGCCAAAGAUGGCCCUACUAGCAGUCAAGGAAAGUCUCUCUCUCAAGUUCUCCAGCAAGACCAAGUCUUUCAUGCAGACAAUCCGGAAGAAGAGCCUACUGAGCAUGCCCAACUCUCUGCCAGAUCAGCCUGGCCCAGAACAAGAGGAGACAACUGGCCUUGUUGGAGAGAAACCAGACACUGAUGACACAAACAGAACAGAAUCAGAGUGUUCUUCUUCCAUGAAUCCCCUGAGCAGGUUCUCAGCAUCAGUUGAUCUUACCGAGCUGGAGUCGUCCACAGCAUUCACCAAGAGAAAGCUCCAGGACAUCACUCUUCUGAUGAAUCCAGAGUCUGCCAGGUCAAUCCUGCGGGACUGGAUGACAGGGCUUCACAUAGUGCUACAGAAACUUCACCAGGAGGUCGAACAGCAGAGGAAGGUUAGGCUCAUGGCAAGGAAAUCAAGAAGGCGGCAACUCAGCAGUGAAAAGAAAGCCAUCUUGAUAAAAGACAGAAGUAAGGAUGACCCUGAAUACACAGAAGAUGAAGUCUUCAGUCAAGAACAACAUGGGAGUAGUGUUACGCCUGAAGAGACCCAAUCGUCAUAUGAAGGUUCCGUAGGGCGAAGAGGGUCAUCCAGUGGUUUGGAUGUAAUGGGUGAUGGACACAAUUCAUUUGACCAUGAUGACAUGGAUGGUUGUCCAUCAUCACCAGUGGACAAAUCCAGACAUAGAAAUUCCAGUGUGGAAGAGCAUCAGUGUGUACCUCUUGAAAAUGGUAACCAUUUAGGGGGCUCUGAUAUGAGUGACACUGAAGACGAGGAUCCUGACCAGUUUAAACCCAUCAACUGGGCAGACAUCAAUCACAUCAACGAUCCCUUUAAAAUGUCAAGAAAACUACAUACAGAUGUAGCAGAGUUGUGCUCCCUUUGUUUACAAUCCGGUUGUCAUGGCAAUAUAUCAGAAUACAUUUUGCCUAAUUUUGCAAGUAGGCAUCCAAGUACAAACAGCAGUUCAGGAGUUACUCCUACCGAUGGCAGUGAGUCAGGCAAUCAGUCCACUAGUCAACCCAUUAGUCCAUCCAUCAGUCCACCCAUGCCAACACAAUCAGCAGCAGAGACUCAGGGACACCCAGGCAGCCAUGGCCACAGUGAUGGGUUUAUGUGUGAAGCGUACUGUGAUGCAUGUGACAGCGAGGUGGCCACUGUUGUCAGAUGUUACUACCACUUUUUAAGUAUGGAUCAACUUAGGAAGACUGUGAGUAGCUGGCGGAACAACUGGCUACAGACAUGGACGUCCAUGGUGAAGGCUAGUCAAGAACUUGGGGAAGGUGACCCUGUCUGUGAUAAGAUCCUGGCCAAAGACUACAAUGGUGCUACAGACUUACUCCGAUCUCUCAUCCUGCCAAACAAACAAGCCUUCCUGGGCCAUGUUGCCAGAUUAUUCAGUGCUAGUUCAUCUCGUGCUAUAGAGUUUGCAUCAGAGGUCCCAAAAUUAGUCUCCGUACAAGAUAUCUUGAACCUCUGUCAUCUCUAUGGAAACCAAACCUCCACCAGCAUUACCAAAUACGUCCACCUGAGACUUGGAGAAAUGCCAUCAUAUCUCAGGUUGCAGGUUGUGAAACAGUUGUGUGUCCGGCAGUAUGUGAGGCUGGCACUACUAGGAAGUCUUUUGACCAGACAUCCCAUACCUGAUGUUGACAGUCUUCAGCCAAGGCCAGGAAGUCACAUGAUCAAGAAAGCUGAUGCAGACCUCAUUGACUGUGUGCUUGACCUUUGUGCAGAACAAGACUUUGAUGCAACUCUCAGUGUAUGCCAAAAACAGAGCUACUGGGCAGGUUGUCUCCAGUUGUGGAAGAAGAAAACUAUGUUGUCAUGGCAACAAAUGCUGCAACUGAUUGUGAAACUUGGUGAUAUCACUCUCCUUGAUGAUUCACACUCAUAUGGUUAUCUCCCAAAGACAGCAGAGGAAUGGGAAUACUUCCUGCACCUGUACACAGACUCACUCUCCUCCAGGCCAGCUUCUGAUUGGACAAAUAGUCUGACGUGGGAGGGAAUCAGUGAGCUGAUGGUGAAGACAAUUGGUCCAAGCGUUGCCAUCAUGGUGUUGCAGGAAUGUCAUCUCCCAGAGAGAGCAUUGUCACCUCAGUUCUACCAGAUGUGUAUACUAGAGUCUCUUGUGCACCGCCAACAGAGACUGGUUGUACACAAUAUGCUGGAAAAGGUGGACACAUACCUUUGGGCAAAAAAACAACCACAUCUCGCUCCCCAGCUUUUGUAUGCGGUGCGGGCAGAGAAGCAAAGUCGUUUGGGGGCAGAGGAGGACCGACAGGAGUACCAACAGCUGUUUUCCCGGUUGUCGGUGAAGCAGCACAGCGAGGGACGCAGCAUGGAGGAUGCAGAAGCUCACUGGGGCAUCGCUGCGAACAUAACUGGAGGCUGUCGGAACUGCGCUAUCAGUCUCACUGAGACGGUGUCACACAUCGUACCUGGAGUCAUCAUCUUUACUUGUGGUCACAGCUUCCACAAGUUCUGUGUUCCUCUUAAAGUCUGUCCCCUGUGUCAUGAUGACCUUGAGUUGGAUGAGCAUCUUCACAGGCCAAAUGACACCACAAUCGACUGACCCUAGACAAGACUAGCAUUUCCACAGGCCUUGUGACACCACAGCCGUCUGACUUCAAAGAAGACAGGUACCACCAUGGGCCAGCUUCACCACAGAAUGUUCACUUCAAGCAAUGUACAAGUACCUCAAUCGACCGGCAACUCCACAGCCGACUGAGCUCAAACACAACCAGCUCUUCUGCAGGUCCAUAACCACAGCCAUCUGAAACUAAACACAACAUCCAACUCACCAUAAACAACACAAACACUUCCAUGGGCCCAGCCUCACCUGUCACUAUCUUGUAUAAAAAUCUGUGCCAGCACAUAGCUUCAAGGUGUGGAGCUGUAGGCUUGUAAAUUUCAAUUAAAUGCAGAAUUUUGUCAGCACCUGCAGCCAAUGAUAAAACAACCCAAACACACAAUCAGUGCAAACUUCUUUCAGUGUAGGUCUGUUUGAAAAGAAAAUAGACAUGACCAAGAGUAUUAGAAGGUUGUCUUGUUUUAGUGUCAGUUUUUCAUAUUUUGUAUGUUCAGGUUUUUUUUAGAUGUGCUGAUGAAUAUUCAGAUUAUACAAGACAAAUCUUGUGGCUAACAACUUCUUGAUUUAUUUUUCACAACAUUUCUAGUUGUUAUCCAUGAUUUUUCUUGUAUUACUACACCAUUUUCUAAAUGCUUUUGAAGAAUGUUCAGAUUGUCCUAAAGUAUGAUUCAUGUGCAUGAUAAAUUAAUUACAAGUAACUCCAGGAGUUAAGAGUUGAAAUAUCACCUAUUGAGUGAUAUGUGACAGAAACCACAACAGGAUCACUACAUACAUAGAUACAGACAAGUUGCUAGUACACAAGUACACAGAAUAAGAGAUGGCACUGUGCAGUUACAGUAAUGGCUGAAUGAUAAUAUUGUACUGUCCAGUUGGUGAAAGUCUGUCCCGAAAAUAUUACAAUCCAAUAAUGAGGAAAGAACAGUAUGUCUUGAAUGUGGAAUGAAAACUCCUCUUAAUUAAUAUAAAUCUUGAACAUUGAACAUAUUCUCAGUGUACCUGGCCUUGGAACUACACCUGCAAGUGACUUCCAGACCAUUCUUAAAUGAUUAUCCUGAGAACAUGAACAAUAUAUAUUUCAGACUCAAGACAGUGACAGACAAAUCCAAACAGUGCACCUACCUAUUUGUCUUGUGGUCUUGGGAAGUACAAUAUCCUGCUUACAAAAUUACACAACUCUUGCAGUCAGUUUAAAUGAUGACAUAGUUAGAAAUGGUUAAAUGUGGUUAAGUCUCUUUCAUCUUUGUGAUUCUCUGUGGGAAAACAUUUAUCACUUACAUUUGGGAAAGCAUGUAUUUGUACAGAAUGUCCAUUAUACCAAACAGGUUAUUCCCUGAUCUCAUUAUGAUUAAAAAAGAACUGCCAUCUCAGUUCCUAUGAAAAGGUAGUUAUUUCAGUGUUAGAUUUUAGUAAAUGUAAAACACCUGUUUCCUUAUCCUUAUCUUUGUAUAUAUUGUAGUGUCCUUUAUACAUUUGUGAAGUGCUAUUAUAUGAUGCUAAUCAUGUAAAUAGUUUGGUAGAGUGUUACCCAUGUUGUCAAAACUUGUGCCUGAUCCGUUUCCGCUGUACAUGAUCAAAACAUGAACAAAUGGUCAUGCCAAUGGUCAGAUAAUACUUUCCUAACUACUUUAUAAAUUAGUCAAAUGAACUUAGUUCAGUGUUAAAGUUGAAAUUAAUCAUGAUGAUAGUGGUCUACCUUUAACACUGUUUCAUAAACAACAAUUCCAGAUGAGGGAUUCAAUAAUCAAAUAAACAGAAUUAGGCCAGACCAAUUUUAUUUCUUGUUUUAAGGAUCAGCCUGUUGUAUUUUGUCAACAAUAAAUAGUAAAAUACUUUGAGUAUUUAGAAGGAAUAUUACUUUCAUUGGUGAUUGUAUUUUAUUGUUUUUCCCUCCUGCCUUUAGGUUUUCUGAGGACAAACAUCCGUAAAACAAGAAAUAAAAUUGGUCUGGCCUUACGUUCACUGACCAUCUGAUAUUUACUGUAAACAGCAAUGUGAUGUCAUACCUUGGCGUAUUCUCCAUGUCAACAGCCAAUCAUGUAAUAUUUGAAUGAUCAACUACACAAUUUUGUUCAUGAAUGUCCUAUUGUUACCAGUGACUUUGUAAUUAGUAAUGAAUAUCUCAGUCUUCCCUUCCUGUUAUGCAAGUGCCUUGAGUGCAUUAUGGAUGUCCAGGGGAGUGAUGUGGGGUGGCACAGAAAUGGGAAGCUCUGUAUAAGCUGUAUUCCAUUUCAUAUCUUAUAUCUGAUUACCAAUUGUCAUGUUACCUUAUAUGGCCAGAUAAACAAAUAACGGACUUGUCCAUUAUUAUGCAAAUGUGUAUGGUGUACCUACCUCAGAACUAGGACUGAAACAUUGUAAGUAAGUGUUGAGAUGACCAUAGAGUAUUAGCUGGUGUUUGUUUUGAGGGUCUUCAUGGGUAUUGUGCUUAGCAUAAAGCAACUAAAAUGUACUAUUGUAAGUGUAAACAUUUAUCAUAAAAGAGUAAAUAAAUACUAAAUGUUCCUAAAUAUUGAUAACAUAAAAUUAAACCUUUCAAACUUAAAACUAAUUAUGAUUCCUCCAAUCAGUUCAAGACAUUUUUAUUGACAAACAGGAAAAAAAUACUUUUGUUAACACACAAAUUAUACUGACUUUUGACUUGUGUGCUAUUGAAUGAUGGCAGUCAUCCUUUUUCAUUGCUACACACAACUGUUAACUUGUGAUACUACAAAUAUACACAAAGGCAAAAGUUAUAGUGAUUGACUUGAAGUUAGAUAUGCGAAUUAACAACUGAUAUUUUUAU